AUGGACCGGACCAAGGCCCUCACCUGGGUCCUGAUCAGCCUCUGCUCGGCCCCACUGUGGGCCAGACCCUCCGAGUACCAGUUGGAGGACCGGCUCAGUCCCUGUGAGAGACUCAGAGAGUCUGGUUCUAGACCUGGACUUCAGUGCACCGUGGACGGACACUUCAGCCCGGUGCAGUGUGACUCCGGCAGGGGGCAGUGCUGGUGCGUGGACGCCGAGGGACGGGAGCUGAGCGGGACUCGAACCGACAACUCCGCUCCUCACUGUGCCACCCCCUGUCAGCGGCAGUCGACCCUGCGCUGCUCGUCCUCGGGUCAGUACGAGUCUGUGCAGUGUGACUCCAGCAGGGGGCAGUGCUGGUGCGUCGACCCGGACGGGACCGAGAUCUACGGGACCAGACAAAGAGGACGACCUGAGACAUGUCCCGGUCCCUGCCUGGUCCUGUCGCGUGGGCUCCUUCACUCGUCGUCUCCUCGCUCGGCUCCUCAGUGCUCAGACGACGGAAACUUUCUCCCCGUUCAGUGUCGACUCAUCAACUCCACCGACAGACGAGAGAUCGACCUGAGCGCCGCCGUCCACAGGUUUCCAGAGGCGUUUCAGAGUUUCUCCAGUUUCAGGAAGAUUUUUCCUGAUGUUUCUGCGUUUUGUUUCUGCGCCGACAAAAAAGGACGAGAACUCCAGGACACAGGUCUGGAGCUGGUUCUGGAUCAGGUCUAUGACUCGGCGUUUUCUGGACUCAGGUCUGGACGAAGUUUCUCUGAGUCGAACAUUUACAGAGUCUUGAAGAGACGCCUCCUCGCGCUGCGCCUCCUGCACACGGGCAACUUCACAUGCCCCUCCCCCUGUGAGUCUGUGGGCGGAGCCUCGUGUGAACCUGACGGGUCCUUCAGUCCGGUCCAGUGCCAGCAGGGGGCGCUGUGCUGGUGCGUGGACCCCGACGGCAGAGAGAUCCCCGGAACCCGAGCCCCCCCCGGGUCUGUGCGCUGCGGUCCUGGUUCUUCAUGCGUUUCUCGUCGUCGUUCUUCGCUCCUCGUUCUUUUUUCUCCUCCUCUGUCGUAUCCGUUCUUUCCUCUGUCCUCGUCUCCUCUGUCCUCGUCUCCUCUCUUCUGCUCGUCUCUCCUCCGGACCCUCUCAGACCUGGUCCCGGUCCAGACCGAGGUCCGGGUGCUGGUGAGUCGUGUGGUUCAGGUUCUGGACGGUCUGGUUCCGUCGGUGGACCGGGCUCUGGAGGCUUUGUCUCGAUCAUCUCCACGUCGUUUCCUCCAGAACCUGUUUGGAGGAAAGUUCUUGACGAUGGCGGCGGACGGAGACACGGGGGCUUUGGGGAUUAAAGGACCGGGUCUAGACCGGAUCAGGUCUGAGUCCGGACUCCAGAGCAUCAGGACUCACAGAGAUCUUGUUAUGAUCCUGGUCCGAGUCCUGGAAGAUCCUGGAUUUCAUUCUCUGCUGAAGAACUUUCUGAAAGAACUCGACCCGAAGCAGUCCAUCAAAGAGGCCCUCUCUCCUCUGGUGUCGUGUUCUUCGUCGUCGUUGUUCUAUCAGGAUCACUCGUCGGUUCCGUUGGUUCCUGUCUGUUCCUCGUCGGGUUCUUUCGCUUCGGUCCAGUGCGACGGAGACGAGUGUUGGUGCUCGGAGCCCGACGGACGAGAGAUUGAGGGCAGCCGGGUCAGAGGUCGUCCGCGAUGCCCCUCCCCCUGCGAGCGUCAGAGGAGCUCCGCCCUCCGGCUGCAGGGGGCGCUGUCCGCCGGAGCAGAACUCCACAUCCCAGCAUGCACCGAGGACGGACGCUUCCUGCCGCUGCAGUGCGUCGGCGACAAGUGCUUCUGCGUGAACGAAGAGGGCGGAGCCACGGAGGAGAGCGCCCCCAACUGUCGAACGGACGAACGGAGGCGGACCUCAGGUUCGUGCUCCGACGCCGUGGCCCAACUCGCCGCCUUCAAACAGGAUGUGAUGUCACUGGUGGCGCUCUCUAACUCCUCCCACUUCCCCCUGGGCCUCGGCUUCCUAUUGGCCAAAGGGUUCCGCUUCACCUCCGAGAUCGGCCAAUUGAAGCCUCCACUGCUGGAGCUGCUCAGCAACAACAACGACGCUGCCGCGCUGCGAUUGGCCGCUGUGUCGGUUUACGAGCAGCUGGUGGCGCCGCAGAGUCAAACGUUACAGAUCUACAGUCCUCAGUGCGACGCCAACGGAGACUGGAUCCCCACACAGUGUGACCGGAGCUCAGGCGUGUGUUGGUGCGUCGAUGAAAACGGUCGUUUCAUUUCAGGAUCUUUGACCAAUCGCAGAGCUCCAAACUGUGAGAGCAGGUGUGAUUCUGCACGCGCUCAGACGCUGCUCUCUGAUUGGCUGACAGCUCCAGCCCAGUGUGACCAGAUGGAGGUUUUUGGAAACGAGUGUGAGUCUGACUGUGACGUCUCGUCCUCGUGUCCCGUCCCCGUCGUGUCCGGCGGGCGUCUCUCGUGUCGCUCGGUCGCCGGGCUCCAGCGCUGUGACCUCGUCUGUUCCCGCGGUUACAAAAACGCACUUCCUGUCCAACACUUCCUGUGUGACGUCCAGACCGAGUCCUGGACCGAGACCAGACCAGAACCUCAGGCCUGUCAGCUCCCUCAGCCUCUCCAGACCUGGUCCUGGACUCAGACCUGGUCUUGGGUCCAGUCCUGCUCUGGGUCUGGUUCUGUGGAGGAGCUGCUGCGUCGCGCUCUGUCCACCAGGGGGCUCUGCUCUGCUCAGUCUUUGUCUCUCUGUGGUGCUUCUGCUGUUGGACUUCAGUGUCUUGGAGACUCUGUGACUCUGGACUUGACCUGGACCCUGGACCUGUCGGAGCUGAGACCUGAGGACCUGCCGGAGCUCCACGCCCCAGGUGUGUUCCUGAACCGGACUCUCUUCGUGGACGGGGUUCGGGGGAUUCUGGGAGACCUGAUGACGUCACAGAUGAUGUCAGAGGUGCGGCUGGUCUCCGUGGCGACGCCGGCGUUCGGCUGUGGGGCGGGGUUUGGCCUCAGCGCCGACGGAGACGCCUGCCUCCUCUGUCCUCCUGGGACCUUCUCGUCUUCGGGGGCGUGUCUCUUCUGUCCAUCAGGAACCUAUCAGGACCAAGAGGGGCGGGACUCCUGCGUCACAUGUCCCCGAGGCUCCUCUGUGAUUGGAGCAUCGUCUGUCCGUCAAUGUGAGUCGGAGUGUCAGCGGCGAAAGGGGCGGUGCUCGGAGUCAGGUGACUUCCUGCCGGCGCAGAAUGACCUCCUGGCUGGAAUCUGGGGGUGUGUCACUAAAGAAGGGGCGUGGCUUAAGUGGACCGACAGUGAGACGCCUCUGAGCGACAAAGAGUGCACAGCUCUGAGUAACUUCCAGCUCCUCUCGGACUCUGAGGUCCAGUUUGGGUCAAACGAGGCCCAAAUCCUCAGGACCCUGACCACAGACCGGACCAGCUGCCUCAGAGAUUGUGCGUUGGACUCGUCGUGUCUUCAUGUGUCGUUUUCGGGUGAACAGUGUGACGUGUACGACACAAACCCCGACAACACCGAGUGCACCACCGGACCCCAGACCAAGGGGUUUCUGGGGAAUCCUGAGGCGGAGCAUUUUGAUUGGCUGCGCUGCUCUGUGAAGGUGAGGGGCGGAGCUUCAGGUCAACAGGUGUUCAGGAAGACAGGAGACCGGUACGCAUCCGGGUCCAAGUCGGAGUACUCGACCUCUGACCUGGUGACCCUGAAGAGGGCGGAGUCAGGCGUUUACCGGACCCUGGUGUUCUCAGCCAAUCAGAGCGCUCGAUCCGACGUGGAGCGAUUCUGUCUGAGCGCGUGCAGAAGAGACGCCUGUUGCCACGGAUACGCCCUGAACCACAACCGCCUCAACUCAGGGUCCAUCAUGUGCGGGUUUCUCCGGGCGCCGUCCGUGCUGAUGUGCGCCGAGCAGGACUGGGACGUGAUUGGCCGAGGAGCCGCCAGCCGAGACUGUGGGGCGGGACUUAAGUCCGACGAGAAACGAGACGACUUCCUGUUUGACCUCGGAGGUCACGAGUUCAUCUACAGUGCCUCUGAGCAGAUCCAGGCCUCAGUCGUGAUCUUCAGCAGCGUUCACCUCGAGACAGAGCCGAAGCCGGACUCUGUGGGAUCCUGCCCGGGUCUUCAGUCCGGUCCCGGGUCCGGUCUUGGGUCCGGUCUUGGGUCCGGUCCUCCCGUAGACCCGUCGGUCCUGGACUCGUUCCGGUCUCUGUCCGUGGAGCAGGUGGAGGUGAAGCCUCAGAAGAAACAGCCCAGACUCACCUUCUGGUUCAACAAGAAGAACUACAACUCCCAGAAUGCACUGCUCGCCUGUCUGCAGCAGUGUGUUUUGGAGAAACUGUGCUCGGUGGCGGACAUGUUGGAUCUUCACUCUGACUUCUUCUUCUGUGAGUUGUUUCCGGACACUGGAGUCUGCGGCGCCUACGACGAGCCGCUGCGGCGCCAGUGCCGCCCCCUGCUGCCCCGAGCGCCCAACAACACCUACGUCAAGACCGUCGACCUGUCUGGACCCGUGAGGAGUUUUUAUCAGAGAGUUCCCUUCAAGAAGAUGGUCUCCUACUCGGUCCGGUCCAGGGUCCCGCUCCCAGAGUCCACUCCUCUGUCCCAGGGGUUCCGGUCCUGCGAGCGUCGCUGUGACGAGGAUCACUGCUGCAGAGGCUUCGGUCUGAUCCGAGACCCAAAGUCCGGAUCUAAACCAGGAUCUGAGCCCGGACUCGUCUGUGUGUCCCUCAUCAGCCUCGGAGUCCAGACCUGCCCCGAAAACCAGACCAAGUGGACCACCCAGGACUGCAGUCCCUCAGAGCUCAGGACGUCCCCGGAGCCUCUGGGUUGGUACAUGAAGCCCGUCCACCAGUGGAGUUCUAGUCCUGGUCUUUGUCCGGACUUCAGCCUGCCUCAGUCCAGGACCAGUCCGGACCGGGAUCUUUGGAGUCCCAUCUCUGGCUCCGCCCACCUCCUGGUAGACCCCGCCCUCUCCACCUACGACGUCAUCGUCCUGAGCCGAGACAGCGCCGACCGAGAGAGGGCGCUGGACUGGUGCCUCCACGCCUGUCAGGAGUCCGAGUCCUGUUUCUCGGUCUCGGUCUCGGACUCGGACUCUGGGUCUCGUUGUCUUCUGUAUCCGGACACCAGAGUCUGUGGCCCCGCCCCCUCCUGUCAGCUGACCAUCCGAGAGCCCGCCCCCCAGGUGUACGUGCGCACAGAUCGUCAGGUCCAGUCCGAGGUCUUGGUCCUUCCUGGAUCUCGGACUCUCCGUGGUCGAACCGUGGACGUGGUCUCGGGUCGGGGUCGGACUCGCCCCGUGGUUCAGUUCCUCGGGGUCCCGUUCGCCCGCCCCCCCGUUGGCCCGCUGCGCUUCGGCCCCGCCCUCCCUCCCGACUGGACGGGAGAGCUGGAGGUGACGGAGCCCCGCCCCCCCUGCCCCGAGCCCGGGCAGAGAGAGAGCGCCGGGGCGAGCGAGGACUGUCUCUACCUCAACGUGUUUACGCCGAAAACACGAAACAAGACGCCCGCGCCCACACUCGUCUUCUUCUACAACCACCACACAGGUGUGUUGGACGGGUCUCUGCUGGCGGCUCAGGGGGACCUGGUGGUGGUCACGGCUGGAUAUCGGAGCUCCGUUCUGGGCUUCGGUUUGGGGGACGCCGGCCUCUCAGAUCAGGAGGCGGUGCUUCACUGGGUCUCCGCCCACAUUCACCUGGUGGGCGGGGCUAAGGACAGAGUGACGGCGGGGGCGGAGCGUCAGGGGGCGGACCUGCUCAGUGUGCACCUGUCCACACCUGGACCAGCGCUGUUCCAAAGACUCAUACUCAUGGGGGGCUCGGUCUUCUCUCCGGUCCUGGUUCGGUCCGAGUCUGAGUCCCGGAGUUUGACCUUUGACCUGGCGAGGGACCUGGGCUGUGACAUCAGCGGUGACAUCACAGAUCUGGGUCAUGUGACACGCUGCCUUCAGGAAGUGGACCUGCAGAGACUCAACGAGGCUCAGACCCGGAUCUUGGCCCGAACCGGACCCCUGAGAGCCUGGGGUCCGGUCCUGAAACCCAACCAGGAUCUGAACCGAGGUCUACACCAGGUGGACCUCCUCCUGGGGACCUCAGAGCACGACGGCCUCAUCAGCAGAGCCAGGAACAUCAAGAACUUCGAGGAGCUUUCAGGCCGAGCCGAGUCCAAGACGGUCUUCUACGAGGCUCUGGUCCGGUCUCUGGGUCUGGACCCGGAUCGUAACCAGACUAAAGGUCCUAACGGGGACCUGCUGAAGGAGGCGGCAUCCUGGUUCUACUCCCUGGACCACAGCCCCACCCCCUCGGCCUACAACCUGUUCUCCAGAGCCCUGAACAACGCCACCAGGGACUUGUUCGUGGUUUGUCCGUCUCUGAAAAUGGCUCAGGCCUGGGCUCUGACUGACGCUAAAGUUUACCUGUACCACCUGCCGGCCACGCCCACCAGGGCUGACGUGCGCGUUCCUCUUGACGUGCACUUCCUGUUUGGGGAGCCUCUUCGUCCAAUCAGCUCUCAGCGUUUCUCGUCGUCAGAGCGACGGAUGUCGGAGGCUCUGAUGAGCUACGCCCGGAGCUUCAUCCACCACGGGGACCCAAACCCAUCACGUGUUCGUCCUGAGUACACUCUGCCGCGCUGGGGGCGUGUCCGUCCCUAUCAGGCCACACCCACUUACCUGGAAUUAAGCCCCGCCCCCAAAUCUCUGGAGGGACUCAGAGCCAAAGAGUGCUCCUUCUGGACCGAGCUCGCCCCGAAGCUCCGAGGUGAACCAGAGGCGGCGCCAGUCCCCACCGAAUACCCCCACAUCAGCCAAUCACAGCCCAAGAAGGACGGCUACAGCUAAGCCCC